GCUUUGCGCGCGGGGCUCACUGCCCCUGGGGUUGCCAGGCAGCUGCUCGACCUGGUGUCGGUGCGGAGCCGCUGCGCCGUGGGGCCGUCUCCAGAUAAGUAAGAGGAGUAUUUGGAUCGCAGCUGCUCUCUCUUCUUCCCCCAUGCCCGUGGGGGUUUCUUGGCCUCGCUACUUGAAAGUGUUCUGCUUAAAUAUGCUGGCAAUGUUUGCUGGUGCAGAAGUUGUGCAUAGAUAUUAUAGACCUGAUCUGAGUAUACCUGAAACUCCUCCUCAGCCUGGAGAACUGAAAACAGAAUUGUUGGGUGUAACUCAAAGACACAAACCUCAGAACAAUGAUCAGAGUAUUUAAUUCAUGAAGGAUAGACUUUUCAAAAGUGCCUAAGUGGUUUAGGAGUUCUGUCGAUGGGACUUGAAAACUUUUGAAAAAAAUCACCUUGAGUCCAUGCAUGAAAUACCAUACUCCAUAAAACCUUUUUCCCUGUUUAUUUUAAAAUCUAUAGUAUUUGCAUAAAGAAUACUUGUCUGUCAUAACUGUAACAGGUUAUCCACAGAUCUUGUGUAUUGGUUUUCAGCAGAACAGAAUUUUUCUCUUCAUUGAUGUGCAUUUUUAAAAAAUCAUUAAAACUGAAUUUCUAUUUGCUCUUGAA